AUGGCGAGUCAAGGCGAUGUUGAGCGUGCGGACGGCCGUAGGGGCUCUCGCAUCUCUCGCGCAUCUCUGAAAGAGGACUACGCUAGCCUGGAUGAAUAUGGCAAACUGGUAAAGUACGUGUCUACUUUCCGUGAUGCCAACGCAGACCUCGCCGAUGAUGGCGAUUUCGAGGAGAAGCGGGUGUGGUAUGCACCAUGGAAAAAGCGCAAGGUCCGUGUGAGAAGGCUCGACGACACUGCUAGUUUCCCCGAUGACUGGCUCAUCACCGAUAUUCGCGAGGGUCUGUCCAGUGAAGAAGUGAACCACCGUCGCCGCCGCUCUGGCUGGAAUGAACUCGUUUCUGAGAAGGAGAAUCCCAUCGCAAAGAUUCUCUCCUACUUCCAAGGCCCUAUUCUCUAUGUCAUGGAGCUGGCUGUGCUUCUUGCCGCUGGUCUCGAGGACUGGGUUGAUUUCGGUGUCAUCAUCGGUAUCCUCUGUCUGAACGCGGCUGUUGGUUGGUACCAGGAGAAGCAAGCGGCUGAUGUGGUCGCAAGUCUCAAAGGAGAUAUUGCUAUGCGUGCACAAGUUGUGCGUGACAAUUCCCAGCAAGAGAUUCUAGCUCGUGAACUAGUUCCCGGCGAUGUUGUUGUCGUUGGUGAAGGCCAAGUUGUACCAGCCGAUGCCAAGAUCAUCUGUGAAUUCAACGAUCCUAAUGGCUGGGAAGAAUUUAAUCAGCUGCAGGAGCAGGGUAUGCUUGGCGGCGGCUCCGAAUCCGAUGAUGAGGAUGAAGAGAACAAGAAUGAGCAGGCUCGCGGAUAUCCCAUUCUUGCCUGCGAUCACUCUGCCAUUACUGGCGAGUCCCUUGCGGUGGACCGCUAUAUGGGUGAUGUCAUCUUCUACACAACGGGCUGCAAGCGUGGAAAGGCCUAUGCCGUUGUCCAAACAACUGCGAAGACUUCCUUCGUUGGACGUACUGCCAGCAUGGUGCAAUCCGCGAAAGGUGCCGGACACUUCGAAAUUGUCAUGGAUAACAUCGGAACCUCGCUUUUGAUCCUGGUCAUGGCCUGGAUUCUUGCUGCUUGGAUUGGUGGCUUCUUCCGCCAUAUCCCCAUUGCAUCUCCCGGUCAACAGACAUUGCUUCACUACACUCUUUCAUUACUGAUCAUUGGUGUCCCUGUCGGCCUUCCCGUCGUCACUACUACCACUAUGGCAGUGGGUGCUGCGUAUCUGGCGAAAAAGAAAGCUAUUGUCCAGAAGCUCACCGCGAUCGAAUCCCUUGCUGGUGUGGAUAUUCUCUGCUCUGAUAAGACUGGUACUUUAACUGCCAAUAAAUUGAGCAUUCGUGAUCCUUACGUGGCCGAGGGCGUCGACGUUGACUGGAUGUUUGCUGUUGCUGCCCUAGCAUCUUCGCAUAACAUUGAGUCUCUUGAUCCUAUCGACAAAGUGACCAUCUUGACUCUUCGACAGUAUCCCAAAGCUAGAGAAAUUCUUCGACGCGGAUGGACCACCGAAAAAUUCACUCCAUUUGAUCCGGUCUCGAAGCGAAUCGUCACUAUUGCAACUUGCGAUGGAAUUCGAUACACUUGCACUAAAGGCGCGCCGAAAGCAGUACUCCAACUUACUAAUUGUUCAAAAGAGACUUCGGAUCUGUAUAAAUCUAAAGCACAGGAGUUUGCUCAUCGUGGCUUCCGUUCUCUAGGUGUGGCUGUUCAAAAGGAAGGGGAAGACUGGACCCUGCUCGGCAUGCUUCCAAUGUUUGAUCCUCCUCGAGAAGAUACCGCCCAGACUAUCAGCGAAGCUCAAAACUUAGGGAUCAGUGUGAAGAUGCUUACUGGUGAUGCUAUUGCUAUUGCAAAGGAAACUUGCAAAAUGCUAGCAUUAGGCACUAAGGUGUACAACUCAGACAAGCUUAUCCACGGUGGUCUUAGCGGCGCUAUGGCUGGUGACUUGGUCGAGAAAGCGGACGGCUUUGCGGAAGUCUUUCCGGAACAUAAGUACCAGGUGGUUCAAAUGCUUCAGGAACGAGGCCAUUUGACCGCUAUGACCGGAGAUGGUGUCAACGAUGCUCCCUCACUGAAGAAGGCAGAUUGUGGAAUUGCUGUAGAGGGUGCUUCUGAAGCCGCGCAAUCGGCUUCAGAUAUCGUUUUCCUCGAGCCUGGCCUGUCGACUAUCAUUGAUUCCAUCAAAGUGGCACGACAGAUUUUCCACCGUAUGAAAGCGUAUAUUCAGUAUCGUAUUGCGCUUUGCUUACACCUGGAGAUAUACCUGGUCACAUCGAUGAUUAUUCUCAAUGAGAGUAUUCGAGUCGAGCUUAUCGUCUUCCUCGCCCUAUUUGCUGAUCUUGCUACUGUCGCUGUGGCCUAUGACCACGCAUCUUUCGAAUUGCGUCCCGUGGAAUGGCAACUUCCGAAGAUCUGGUUUAUUUCCGUACUUUUGGGCGUGCUACUUGCUCUGGGUACAUGGGUUGUGCGAGGUUCCAUGUUCCUUCCGUCUGGUGGUAUCAUUCAAAACUGGGGCUCUAUCCAAGAAGUCCUGUUUUUGGAGGUUGCUCUCACAGAAAACUGGCUGAUUUUCGUGACCCGUGGUAUUGACACCUGGCCAUCUAUUCACCUGGUGACCGCCAUUCUGGGAGUGGAUAUUCUUGCUACCAUUUUCUGUUUGUUCGGUUGGUUCACCAAUCAAGAUAUGCCCACCAUACCUGCCGACCAGUUCGUCGAGACCAGGAAUGGCUGGACUGAUAUUGUUACUGUUGUGCGGAUCUGGGGCUAUUCCCUCGGUGUUGAGAUUGUCAUUGCUCUCGUCUACUUUAUUCUCAACAAGAUCAAGUGGCUUGACGAUCUCGGCCGUGCGAAGCGCAGCAAGGGCGAUAUCAAGAUUGAGAACUUGCUGGGUCAUUUGGCCCGUCUAUCGGUCGAGUAUGAGGAACCAGGAACUGGCAAGCCCAUUGGUCGGUUCUUCCUUUCGGCUAGCAAGGAAGAAGAAGACGUAGAGUGA